AUGUCAAGCCUUACAAAAUUUCCCCUCAUAAGUCUGCCAAUCGAACUUGUGAAUAGAACUUGCAGCUAUCUGGAGCAACCGGACUGGGCCGCACUCAGAUUAUCUUGUCGCUCCCUGUACGCGAAAUCUUCGGAUGCAUUCGCAGAUCGCUAUUUCAAAAGCAUUUGCUUCAUUCUCACCAGCGAAGGAAUUCGACAGCUAGAAGAAUUUGCACAAAGUGAAAAUGUCCGAGAUCGAGUCCGACAAUUAUGGAUGAUUCCGACCGUCUUCGAAGGUCGCCAUCGACGGAGCCUUAACGAUUUCAGACGGUCUCCAUAUUUCAUAACGUCAAAAGACAUUGGCAACGAUGAUGAUGCGCUACUUGCUCAGUAUGCGAUCUACCAAGCUAUAGAAGCCGAUCAUUUAGCCCUGCUUGAAUCAAACACGCUUGCCUCUAGGCUUCACACGUGCUUCGCCUCGUUCCGAAACCUCGAUUCUGUCGGAUUAAAGCAUUAUGCGACGAACUUUUUACUUGAUCGACGGCAAGAGGAUUUUCGAUAUCUUGGAUUGCAGGAGUUGAAAGACCAAGUUGAAUACACGUAUCACAAUUCAGGCAUGAACUCCCUUCAACGGCACGAGGUAGCCAAGGUCAACUCUCUUGCCUUAUCGAGGGUUCUUCUAGGCCUCAAUGAAUCCAGUCAAAAGAUUAGAGCCUUGAACACAUGCGGUACCAACUUCUGCGGCUCAAAUUCUCCUAGCCUUCCUCUCACAGACGAGCAAUACAACUCUGUUCUUCUCAAACUUGGAAACUUGGAACAUCUUCAUAUGUGCAUCUGUUAUGACAAGGACGACCUAGAUUCUCCUCCAAAUUCAAACACCUAUAUUGAUCUUUUUAUUUACCUUGCACCCCAACUGAGAACUCUCGUUUUCUCACAAUGGUAUCAAGGUCCACGCGAGAUGGGAGAACAGUUUUCAGAGCUCUCACAGAACAUCAGGUUUACUCGACUAAAAGAGCUUCAUCUCCACUGGAUUGAAAUUGGAUUUGAGUCAUUCAAAUUGUUCCUGAACACCACCAAAGGAACUCUAGAUUCUCUCUCACUCGAGCUAGUCACUCUGAAAAUCGAUACUGCCCUGUCAACCAAUUCAGGGCCGAGUUCUUGGGAGCAGAUAUGGGAAUUCCUUGGAGCGGAGUUUUCACUGAAGAGUUUUUACAUGGGCAAUAUUGGCUAUCGGAGACAGAAGGUGAUGAUUCAAGGACCUGACGAGUUGGUUGAACCGACAUACUCUGUCACUUUCAAUGCAUAUGCAACCAAAAUUUGUUUCAAUGAUUGGAUCCGGCAGCUCAAGCCAAUCAUUUCACGGGGUUUCGAUAUAUCAACACGAAGCUAUGCAGGUUUGCAGCCCACCAAGCCCCCGAAGCCACUGCCUUAUUUUAAUAUCAAUUUUUAG